UCCACCAUAGAAAAAGACACCAAUGGAGAUGCUCUGUGGGUAUGGUGUUAUCCCUCCACAACAGCUGAAAUGAGGGAUCUAUUGCUGAGAAAAUGCUGCCUUACAGAUGAAAAUAAACUGCUUCACACCUUUGUAUUUGGCCAGUAUAGAAGAUCAUGGUUCUAUAUCACAACAGUGGAAGUUCAAGAUUCUUCAGUCUUGGAAAAGGUGACUCACUUUUCUAUUGUUCUGACUGCCAAAGAUUUUAACCCGGAGAAAUAUGCUGCCUUCACUAGGAUAUUGUGUAGAAUCUACCUGAAGCAUGGGAGUACAGUUAAAAUGAUGGAGAGUUACAUUGCAGUUCUUACAAAGGGGAUCUGCCAGAGUGAAGAAAAUGGAUCUUUCCUCAGCAAAGAUUUUGAUGCCCGAAAGGCUUACCUUGCAGGUUCAAUCAAAGAUAUAGUAUCUCAGUUUGGUAUGGAAACAGUUAUCCUAUUCACUGCACUGAUGUUAAAGAAAAGAAUUGUUGUACAUCACCCAAGAAUAGAAGUCAUCCAGGAGUUUACUAGGACUCUACCUGCUUUAGUGUGGCAUCGACAGGACUGGUCAAUUCUUCAUUCGUAUGUUCAUCUAAAUGAUGAUGAACUGGAAGCAUUAAAGACCUGCACAGGUUACAUUGCUGGAUUUAUAGACUCCAAAGUGAGCAAUAGACCGGAUCUAUAUGAUGUGUAUGUGAAUUUGGCAGACAGUGAAAUUACCAUUUCCCAGCAAGCGAAAGAGGCAAUGACAAUGGGAAAAUUGCACAAAGAAAUUGGUCAACUCAUUGUUCAGUCUGCAGAAGAUCCAGAUAAAUCAGAUAGUCAAGUAAUUAAGGAUAUUUCACUGAAGACAAAAGAAAUUUUGACUAAUCUGGCAUCAUUUACUGAAGUUUCUGAUGAUGGUGAGAAACCCACACUUAACUUUGAAGCCCUAAAACAAAAGCGAUAUCCACCAGCUACAGAAAACUUUCUUUAUCAUCUAGCAGCUGCUGAACAAAUGCUUAAGAUCUGACUUUGUUGAUAUACUUCACUGUUGUGGACCAAUAUGAAACUAUUCCCUUUGCCAUAAAACUAUGACUGUCUGCUACUUAUAUAAAAAACUAAAGGUAGCAAAGAAAAUGUUACAUUUUAAUGAUGUAAUGCAAAAUAUAGACAUAUGACCUGGAACAUGCGGCUGCACAUUAGGAAAUAUUUCUAGUCUUUUUACUUUUCCUUGACUCUGACUUUAUACACACAAGGGCAGAUACUCAAAAACACAACCUGAGUUGGGCACCUGACUUGUGUUUGUGCCUUUGAAAUCUUCCCCCUUACUCUUGGUGUACUAUAACAUUAUAGAACUGGACAUACUGGUAUAAACAAAUUGAAAUCAGAUACACUGAAAACUGGAAAAUGGUUAGAGCAGUAAAACUAUACCUGUUUGUCUUGUUGCAUAGCCAUAAAGUAACAGUUUUUAAGUAAGCAGUCUGAAACUAACUUUGCUUUGUAAUCUUCUGGGAAGAACUUAAAUUCUUUGUAAGGAAACCUACUUUUUGAGCCAAACAUCCAAUGUUUCUGCAGAAAUGUCCAUGAAACCAGUCAAAAGGUUCUGCAGUAGCACUUUUGUUAUAUGAAAAAUCGAACUUUUUUUCCUGGCCUUUGCACAGAUGCGUGUAGCAUGUGGUUUUACAUAGAGAUUUUAUACUUAAGAUCAAAAAUUUAGUAAUCCAUAUUUAUACUAUUAAAAAUUGAAUGUUUGGUAUCUUGAAGCUGUAAGAACUCAUAAUUAACUAUAUACAAGCAAUAUUCAUUUGAGAAAGAUUUUUGUUUAUGUAUUGUAAAGUAAGGAAGUGUAUUUUAGAAUAUGGAUAAGGAAUUAGGUAUCUAUAUAUAAAAUAGCUACCUAUUGCAGUUAGUCCGAGAGAACUACUGCUACAAUCCCCUAUUUUCAGGGGUGUAUAAUCCUACUUCAGAUAUUUACUCGAGACAGAAACUUUGCAGUUAGUUUAGACACAGAAGCAUUUUUUAAACGAAUGGCAUAUUGACUGUGUUUUGAAUAUCAGUGCUCUUUGACUUUUUUCCAUUUGUAUAACUUAAGGGGUGUUUUUUAAUGGUCCAGAUAAGUUUAAAGAUCAUAGAGAAAGAAACACAAUUUGGGCCUGAGCCUUACGUCCAUUGAAGUUAGUCUUUCCAUUGAGCUCAACAUGCUUUGGAUCAGGUCUUGAGCAUUUCUAUAACUUCAGGGUUAGAGUGAAAAUUUCUUUCCAUGGAU